AAGGCACUACGCAAGAGGAAGUAAAUGAUACAAAAAAGAUAUUGACAGAAACGUCUCCUUCAACUUGGCUCAUCAUCUCUACUGACUGUGCUUGCUUCAAAACACCUUUGUGGUGUUCCAUCAACUCUACUUGCAACAUUAAGGGGUUGAUUAUUAUGAAUCACUUAGUGUCUCUUGUGGUAUUGCUUGCUGGAGCACAUGUCGGCAGUGCACAGUCCACUCAAGAGGUGAGUGCACAGUGCCGUUACAGCACGGGAGGGCAGCGGGCCUACACGUUUGUGCUGCCGCCUUCCAGCGUCCAGGACUGUAGCGCUGGCUCAGAACAAGAAGUGAGUGAACUGAGAGAGAUAGUUCAACAACUGGCAACCAAGGCACAACAACAGGAGACAAAGAUGCAACAACAACAAGACAAGGUGCAAGAACUGGAGACCAAAGCACAACAACAAGAAGACAAGGUGCGACAACUGGAGACAAAGGUGCAACAACAAGAGAGGAAGGUGCAACAACAGGAGGCUGAGGUGCAACUUCUGCAGACAAAAGUACAAGUACUGGAGACAAAGAUUUUGGUUGACAAGUGCGCUGAAGGACACAGGCUUCCAGGUGUGCCUUCCUGCUAUCACCUGUGGAAGCUGGGGUGUCGACAGUCGGGUUCCUACGUGGUGUCCUCAAACGUAUCUGAUGUGUACUGUGACUUCCAGAAUUUCACCACAUUUCCAGGUGACAUUCCCAGAACCUGCUCCAGCCUGUACCAUCCAGGGAUGGCCUCGGGGGAGUACCUUAUCGACCCUGACGGACCUGAGACCGGGGUGGAACCCUUCUCUGUCUACUGUGACGUGGACUUGGAGCCUGGCAAAGGUGUGACUGUGAUAAGCCACGACAGUGAGGCCCGCACCCACGUCAGAAAUGGGUAUGCUGGUGCUGGUACCUACAUGCGGGAUGUGACCUACAGCGCAUCAGUGGACCAGAUCAGAGCCCUGAUUUACGUCUCACAGACAUGCAAGCAGUUUAUCAAGUAUGAGUGUUUCCACACCAUGAUAAAUACUGGUGAUACUGAUGUUGCCUGGUGGGUGACCUGGGAUGGCAGGAUGGCAGACUACUGGGGAGGGGCUACCCCUGGCAGUGGCAAUUGUGCAUGUGGUGAAGAAGGCACCUGUGACAAUGGACAACCCAGGUGUAACUGCGAUAAUGACGACUAUAACUGGCGUAGCGACGAGGGAUUCCUGACCCACAAGUCUGACCUGCCUGUCACUCAGCUCAGGCUUGGGAACACUGCCGGGCAUUUAGCAAAUGGUUAUCAUCAUCUUGGAAAGCUGAGGUGUUCUUAAAGAUUAGUACUUACAUGUAACUCCAGAAGGGGGUGAGUACUUGCCAAUGGAGAAUUAAGUAAAAUACUGCUUUUCGAUGCACGGUUCUAGUGGGCACUUUAUCGUAUAAUUUGAAGUAGUAUGCAUUUUUUACUUCCUGUAAAUUUAAAUUAAUAUCCAAGGUGUAAAGUUUUAGAUAGGUGAAUUGCAUACCAUGUGGAACUGGAUAGUUAAGACACAAGAUGAAUAAUUACCUUUAAGUUUAUAUUUCAAGACACAUUUAAUAAAGACAUUUUUUUAAAUCUUAUGGAUGACAUCCUCUGCAGACUCCAAAUUUAACAAGAGACGGCAAAAAAGAGCAAGAUGGGCAUAAAUAAAGAUCAUACCUUCAUCUUAAAAAUAGACAUCAUAAAGUUGAACAUUGUAACAGUGUCAAACCAAUGGCAUCAAAACAUGGUAUCACAGUCUUUUCUCUGAUUUCUGUAUUGAAGAGGUGCACAAAGUGACACUAGACUGGUAUAAUUUAACAAGUUAACAACACUACUGGCAACCACAUUUGUGACACUUUAAAUAUCAAACUAGUUUCACUUCUUACUAUGACUACAUGUUCUUCACUAGUGUCACUAGUCUUCUACAAGCACAAUCAAGGCUUCCACGUGAUAUGAUUUCUUGUCAUGUUGACUCCUCCAGAGGGGAAAAGGCUCUUUUUGCUGAAUUGUCAUCCAUAAAAAUCACAAGUAUGGCCUUAUUUCUACCAAAUGGUAAUAAUCUUUUAAUGUGGCAGUUGCUCCAAUAAAAUGCUGUAUACUACAAU